AUGUUAGAUCGAAGAAGUUAAAGUCCAAUAGCUACAAGUCAGAGAAUGGGAACAGCAAGAGCAAUAUUUGAUUCAGGUUCUGAAUUAGAACCAACUAAACGAUUAACAAGAUCAAUUAGAAAUACAAGCACAGAACAAAAAAAAACAGAACAACAAUAAAUAAAUUAUUAAUAUGGAGUAACAGAAUAUAUAGAAAAAAACUGUAUUUAAAAUUAUUUAACUAGCUCCUAAUGAUGAUUAAAAUCUAAAUGAAUAGAAAAAAUAUCAAAAUUCAGAAUUAGACACUUACAGAACUAGUUAAGUUUACAAACCAUAAUAUGUGAAUGCAAAAUAGACUUCAUAAUUUAAUUAUUAAAGUCUAGACUAUAAAAAACCAGAAAGUGGAUCAUUUAUUUAGACAGGUACUUGAACUAAUAAUUAUGAUAGCAUAUAUCAAUACAUGUAUUAAAUAUUAUUAUCAAUCAAGAUUAAGAACCUUAAGGUAGUGUUCAUAAUUAUCAGAAUAAAACCACUUAUGAAGUUCCAAAGUAUGAAAAACAAUUUCAGAAUUAUGAAACAGAUUAAUUUUCCAAAUAAGAUUAACCUAAAGUUUAUUAGAAAUUUGAACCUUAUAAGUUUGAACCUAUAAAAUAUGAAUAAUUAGAUAAAUCAAGAGAUUUCUAAUCUUCAUAAAGAUCUAUUGUAUAACCCAAUUAAUCAAACAUGUUAAAAAUUAUUUAAAUAUUUAGAUAAACUUCAUAUAAUCCAUAUGUUUAAGACAGAAUUACUUUAGAUUCUUAAAUUCAGAGAUCAAGUAAUAAUAAUAUGCCUUCUGAAUAAGCAAGUCUUGCUAAAUAAAAAAUAAAUGAAUCUUUUCAAUAAUAAUAAAUACUUAUCAAAAAUGAAAAUAAAUAAGAUUAAAUAUUACAUAAAUCUAACUAUAAAAUACCAUCAGAACGUGAAGAAUCAAUUAUUAAUUAAUAUAGACCUACAACACCUGUUCAUACUUAAUAAUAAUAGUCUACAUUAAAAUAAAAUGAUUAAUUAUUCAGAUAAGAACCUAUAGAAAUCAAUUUCAAACCUAGUUAUGGUUUAAUAUAUCAAUAUAAUUUAGAUGAAUUUGACAAAAAAUAUGAAGAUUAAUACAAUGUUGUAGAAAAUGAAGCAAAUGAACAUGAAUUUAAUGCAGGAUGUCUAAUAUUUUGA